AAAGCUAGGUUUGCCCAACUAAACAGCCACACGCGGCUUUUUAGAAAUUCAAAAAAAAAUUCUCAUACUUUCUUUCUCUCUCUUCUGCCAAAAAAAAAAAAAAACAUAUGGCGAAAUCUUCUAGAAAAUCGAGCGGUCCGGUUCUCCGAUCUCUCUCCCCUUCUGGCCGGUUCAGUUCUCACUACACGUCACAGUCUCCAUCAUCUUCUUCUUCGGCCUUUGCUUAUUCAAGUUCAAGCUUUUCUUCACGCUCCUCAACUUUCUUUAAUCAACACAGAUCUAUCUCUCCACCACGUGUCAAUCUCUACAACCACUCUCCAUCCGCGCCGUCCGUGCGAUUCUCGCUCGAUAACCGUCCGAUCUCGCCCAACCGUUCGAUUACUACCGUCCGUAGAAACAACGAGGUGUUGAAGAAUUUACAGAGUAAACAGCCGAAGCGGACUUGCAUGUGUUCCCCUACGACGCACCCGGGAUCGUUCCGUUGCAGCCUUCAUAAGAGUUUUAAUAGUUCGCACGCGGUGACAAGUUGCGCGCCUCAUAAUCGGCUCAACGCGCGUAGGUCUGCUAUGACGAACUCGCUGGUGAGAAUCGGAGGAGUCGAAGGAGAUCUGGUUAAGAGAGCUUUGUCGGCUUUGAUUAGACCUUCCUCUCACCAGCAGCGUCGCCGCGCAGCGUUCCAGCCGAGGCCGAGCCGGCUCUCCGUGAUGUCAAAAGCCGAGGAUUAAUGAAGAUUCCUUUGCGGUGUGUGUAAUCUUUUAACGAUUUCUGGUUAAGUCUCCGAGAUUUUCCGGUGAUUGGAGAUCGAACUUUGGAGUCAAGCCGCGGACGGUGGCGGUGAAGUCAGAUUGCGGCGAAGAAGUUGGAAAUCUGAACGAAGGAUUCGGGACGGAAAUGAAUUUUAGUGUACUCCCGGUAUCGAAAAUGGAGAAGUUGUGGGAAAUUCACGUAACUGGAUUCUACUUAUACACACGCAAGGGAGAAGUAAAUUGAACGAACUUAGACCUUGAAGAUGACCUUACCGUCGGGGAAGAAAAUGAAAUCUAGUAAAUUAUCAACUUUAACUCAGUUGGACCAUCCCUAAAUUUGAUUGAAAUUAUGGUAAUAAUCGUACUAAUGGGGGAUUAAUAAAGGAUAAAAGAAGGGAAAGGUGGUAAAUAAUAAUAUGAUUAAUUAAAGAAGAUAAGAAAACAGAAAUAUUUACGUUUAAAAAAUGAAACAAAGUUUUGAAGACAAAAAUUAUUUCACAAUAAUAAAGCGAAACUAAAAAAUUUUUCAGGUGUCGCUUGAGAGUUGCAAAUUAGCACAAAAAAUGACUACAAUUGCAAGAACUGGUCCAAGCCCACAGGAAUCCACAGCUUCGAUUUUGCCAUUUUCUUAUUUUUUUAAAAGCACAACAGACACAAUUAUUUUGAAUAAUUAAAAAAAUUGACAGCUAAAAGAUUAUUUACACCCAAAUUAAAAUUUGUGCAUUGGUAAUCACAUCAUGACUCUCUUUUUUUUUUCUUUUAAUUUUUAAUCUAUUUUUAAAAAUUUUCCU